GAACAGUUGCUUUUUCCUCUUACACAAAGGAGAUCUCAUUUUGUUUGAGCCUGGAUAUAGUUGAAACCAAACCACACACCGAGAGGGUAUGAUGGCUAAGAAGCCCCCAAAACCAGCCCCUCGCAGGAUCUUCCAAGAAAGGUUAAAGAUUACUGCUCUACCUUUGUACUUUGAAGGGUUUUUGUUAGUCAAGAGGUCAGAAUACCAGGAGUAUAAACAUUAUUGGACAGAGUUGAGAGGAACUACACUUUUCUUUUAUUCUGACAAAAAAAGUCCAACAUAUGUUGACAAGUUAGACCUAAUAGACCUCACAUGCCUUACUGACCAGAAUUCAACUGAAAAGAAUUGUGCAAAAUUCACCCUUGUUUUGCCAAAAGAGGAAGUGCAACUGAAGACAGAGAACACAGAAAGUGGGGAAGAAUGGAGAGGCUUCAUUCUUACAGUAACAGAGCUGUCAGUUCCCCUACACGUGUCCCUCCUCCCUGGGCAAGUAAUUCGACUGCAUGAAGUCCUAGAGAGAGAGAAAAAAAGGAGGAUUGAGAUAGAACGGACCCCGAGCUCAGCUAUGGAAAAGAAGGAACUGAUUGAAGAUUAUGCAGAUGUACUGAGUCCUAUGCCAGCAUGUUUUUAUACUGUGUCCCGGAAAGAAGCAACUGAGAUGCUUGAGAAGAACCCUUCUUUGGGAAAUAUGAUCCUGAGACCUGGUAGUGAUAGUAAAAGCUACUCCAUCACUAUCCGGCAGGAGAUAGAUAUGCCAAGAAUCAAGCACUACAAAGUGAUAAGUGUAGGAAAAAACUACACUAUUGAACUGGAAAAACCUGUAACACUCCCAAACCUUUUCAGUGUCAUUGAUUAUUUCAUGAAGGAGACUCGAGGAAAUUUACGACCAUUUAUAUAUUCAACUGAUGAAACCCUUGCUUCUGAAGUGAUUUUGAUGGUCAUCAAAUUUGAGAAUCACUUUUGCAAUCAUGUUUUGGGAGAAUUGAAAACAUCAGCCAGGGACAUAGCUAUUAAAGGGAAGAGGGUAACAUUAUUAGAACCUGGAAGCCUAGAAGAGAUACCCCACAGAGUACCAGAGAAAAGCUAG